GUGGGAAGUGCCACUGGCUCGACCUUUGCUCGCAUUUUCUUCAAGCAGAUUCACUUGUCUGCAUCACCAUCAGUAUCGCGUCCUGGUCGCGCAGAACUCUCCGGUAAUGACCACGAACUCGUCCGGAACAACGCUGCGCUCCCACCGCAGCCUGUCGCUAGACUUCUCCUGACUACAUACAUCAGUCGCAUACAUCCAUGGUGGCCGUUUGUUUCUCUUCCAUUCUUGAGAGCUAGCCUUUUAAGAAUCUACGAAGAUCCAGCAAGGUGUACACUGUAUCAAAAGUUUUUAGUCCUCAUGGUGCUAGCCCUCGCUUCAGCAUCUUGCACGGAAGCUCAGGAAUACCGACGGAUGAUGGACUUGAACAGCCCCACAGACUACUUCCAGACAGGUCUACAAUUCUUUCUGAACAUACACGACCAUCCGAGAGAUCUACAAGGCCUUCAUUCCGUGCUUUUGCUGUGCUUAUGGAUGCUAGGAUCAAAUAUUAGAAAUCACGGUGACGACCUUUGGCAGAUGAGUCGAUAUGCCAUGUCAACAGCUAUAGAGAUGGGCCUUCACCGACGUUCCGUCACCUGGGGCGACCUGAGUUCCGAUGACCGAGAGAUACGAAACCGUACUUGGUGGUGUGUAUACGCACUGGAAAGACAGGUAGCUGUCAUCACCGGCCGAGUACUCUCGGUCAGAGAGCAUGCAAUAGACGCACCAAAGCCAUCUAUCAGUACUCUAGACGAGCUCACAGAGUCCGAGGCCCGGGCGGCGCCAUCAUUCCAGAAACUCAAUGUGAAGCUUUUCAAUCAUCUGAUGAGGCUACGUCAGAUCGGCGGGCGCGUCCUUGAAUCCGUCUACAUCGCCAGGGGUCCUGAUGGACGAGCAUCAAGAACCACUUUCCAGGAAAUCUGCCACGAAGUCGAAGGAAUCCAGCAAGAACUAGAGAGUUGGAAACGAGACAUGGAAGCCCUGAACUUCAAGGGAACGCGCGAGUACUCCGAGAUGAAGAUCGAAUAUGGACUUCUCCUCUUACUCAUGUAUCGGCCAUCUCCCACUUUCAUGAUUCCCUCAACAGAGAUGGCCGAGAUAUGUUCUCGGGCCGUUUCUGGAACUGUUCGGCAGUGGCAGAAGUUGGAGUUUCAACAUGGUAUCACUGCCGUUUGCCGAUGCAUACGGCAAGUGCAUUCGAUCCUCAUGGUAGGGCUGGCAGGCCUGUAUUGCGACUGGCACGUCAAAGCGAUGAAGCAAAGCCCAGAAUCCCCUCUCCUCUAUUCCCAUGGGAGCAAUGUGGCAUCAUGCAUGGACCUCAUCGAACGCGGGACUGCCCGGAUGAAUGAGGAAGGCAUGCUCAAGUACCGCGAUCUUCUCCAGGCAGCGAGGAUCAAGGUAUAUGGACCGAUAACAUGGAAGCCCCCAGGCGCACCUUCGCUAGUCACAGAUGCUUCGCCAGUAGCUCCUGCGGACACAUCAAACACACUUGGCCUUCUUGAUACAGAUAGCAUGCAGUCCAACAUGUUCUUCCAAGGCGAUGGUCUAGAAACAUAUAUGAACCAGGUAACGGGGUAUUUCGACAACGCUCAAUUUGGCUUGGACGAAGGCCUUACCGCCUGGUUUGACACUUUUAUGGAGGAUUUACAGUCCAACCAACCUAGGGAACUUGGGGUGAACAGUGCAAUGUCGCAAUGA